GCUCGUUUAGCCCCGCGAGCCUAUUGAGCCAGCUAUUGCCCAGCUCAUCUCGAGUAUUCAUCAAGACCGAUCCUGAAUGCGAGUCGCGGCAGCAUUUUGCUACGGUAACUCUUGGCCGGGCGCAACGGAGUCAGACACCGUUAAGUAACGGAAGGUCCACGGACGCCCCCAUAGACUAGAGCGCACGCAAUCAUAGCCUCGCCGUACGAGCUCUCGCCCAAAAGCCCAAACUUUAGGGCUGAGUCGCCAACAGAACCUCUCCCUUACUCUUCUCUUCUUCCUCCCGAGUUCCAUCUGAAGUUUCCGGUACGGUCAACGAUUGCUGAUGGCGCCGCCGCCGGGACCUUACUCCGGGACCAGCACCCUCGCUCUGGUGGCUCGUGUUUCGGCGUUCUCUUUCGGGCUCGUUUAUGGGAACAUGAAGCUCAAGUAUCUCAAGGCAAAGGCGAAGUCCCAAAGAAAAGCUGAAGCGAAGGCUCACCACUAGAGUUUUUCAUUUCUUUUACAGUGUGGUUCCGAGGGAUGAUGUCUCUUCAGAGAGAAAACAAAGAAUGUGGAUUGAGUUAUGACGUUCGAGUUAGCGAUCCAAUAAUGGAGUUAGUAGGAUUUUACCGGAUUGCCUUACCAUAAGAAUCAGGAGGCCAUUGCAAACUCUGCAGAAUUACAAAUUUCUCAAGAUUUUUGUGCAUCUAUUCUUGGGUAAUGGCAUUUUUCCUUGACCAAACGAUGCUUGAGUUCUCAUUUCCAUUGUGGACAUUUUUCUCUAAGACAAAAGGAUAAACAAAGGCGGUGUGCACCAGCUGCAAUAACUUGACAUUUCAA